AUGAGUCAAGACAACAAAGUGAAAACAACAGAGUCCAGCCCCUCAGCCCCAUCCAAAGCCAGGAAGAGGCUGCCUGUCCUAGACCCUUCUGGGGAUUAUUACUACUGGUGGCUGAACACGAUGGUCUUCCCAGUCAUGUACAACCUCAUCAUCGUUGUAUGCAGAGCCUGCUUUCCUGACUUGCAGCACAGUUACCUGGUGGCCUGGUUUGUCCUAGACUACACGAGUGACCUGCUGUACCUACUAGACAUCGGGGUGCGCUUCCACACAGGAUUCCUAGAGCAAGGCAUCCUGGUGGUGGACAAAGGUAUGAUCGCCAGUCGCUAUGUCCGCACCUGGAGCUUCCUAUUGGACCUGGCUUCACUGGUGCCCACGGACGCGGCCUAUGUGCGGCUGGGUCCCCACAUUCCCACACUCAGGCUAAACCGCUUUCUCCGUGUACCCCGCCUCUUUGAGGCCUUUGAUCGCACGGAGACCCGCACAGCUUACCCGAAUGCUUUCCGCAUCGCCAAAUUGAUGCUCUACAUCUUUGUUGUCAUCCAUUGGAACAGUUGCUUAUACUUUGCCCUGUCCAGGUACCUGGGGUUCGGACGGGAUGCAUGGGUAUACCCAGAUCCCGCGCAGCCUGGCUUUGAGCGCUUGCGGCGCCAGUAUCUCUACAGCUUCUAUUUCUCCACUCUAAUUCUGACCACUGUGGGUGACACGCCACUGCCAGCCCGGGAGGAAGAGUACCUCUUCAUGGUGGGUGACUUCCUGUUGGCUGUCAUGGGUUUCGCCACCAUCAUGGGUAGCAUGAGCUCUGUCAUCUACAACAUGAACACUGCAGAUGCAGCCUUCUACCCAGACCAUGCUCUGGUAAAGAAGUACAUGAAGCUGCAGCGUGUCAACAGGAGAUUGGAGCGGCGUGUCAUUGACUGGUACCAGCAUCUGCAGAUCAACAAGAAGAUGACCAACGAGGUAGCCAUCUUGCAGCACUUGCCGGAGCGGCUGCGGGCAGAGGUUGCUGUGUCUGUCCACCUGUCUACCCUGAGCCGAGUCCAGAUCUUCCAGAACUGUGAAGCCAGCCUGCUGGAAGAGCUGGUGCUAAAGCUCCAGCCCCAGACCUACUCACCAGGAGAGUAUGUGUGCCGCAAAGGAGACAUCGGCCGAGAGAUGUACAUCAUCCGUGAGGGUCAGCUGGCUGUGGUGGCAGAUGAUGGUGUCACACAGUAUGCUGUGCUCGGUGCAGGGCUCUACUUUGGGGAGAUCAGUAUCAUCAACAUCAAAGGGAACAUGUCUGGGAACCGACGGACAGCCAAUAUCAAGAGCCUAGGUUAUUCAGACCUAUUCUGCCUCAGCAAGGAGGAUCUGCGGGAGGUGCUGAGUGAGUAUCCACAGGCCCAGGCCGUCAUGGAGGAGAAGGGCCGUGAGAUCCUGCUCAAAAUGAAUAAAUUGGAUGUGAAUGCUGAGGCAGCUGAGAUCGCCCUCCAGGAGGCCACAGAGUCUCGGCUAAAAGGCCUUGACCAGCAGCUGGAUGAUCUACAGACCAAGUUUGCUCGCCUGCUAGCUGAGCUGGAGUCCAGUGCACUGAAGAUCGCUUACCGCAUUGAAAGACUGGAGUGGCAGACUCGAGAGUGGCCAAUGCCAGAGGACAUGGCUGAGGCUGAUGAUGAGGCUGAGCCUGGGGAAGGAACGUCCAAGGAUGGAGAGGAAAAGGCUGGCCUGGAGGCACCCUCAGGCAUAUAA